AUGUCAGGUGUUGAUGGUACAGCAAAAAAAGCUGCUUUAUUUGGUGGCAUCGCCGUUUGUGCAUCGUUUUGUGCUUUUCUUUACUAUUAUCGAAAGAUUUGUCGGCAGCUUUGCAAGCGAUCGCCGGACGACAGCCUUAUAAGCGACAUUUGCAAACAAGCGAAAGCAGAAGAGACCAGCGAGGAGGAGAAUUGCGAUUCAGAAGUGAACGAAUCUGACACAGAAAUGCCGGUGAAACGAGGUGGUCGUCAAAACUACAGGAAGGGCAAUCGGAAGGGCUGCCUGUCUGCCGUCGACGUUGCAGAUUCGACUCCUACCAUUGAGACCCGAACCCGGUGUCAGUCUCAGUCUCGGCCUCAGGCCACCGCCACCGCAAAAGUAACAAUGACUCAGUCGCCGGCCGUUUCCGCCGGUUUCGCGUCUUCUGCCUUUGCGUCUGCUUCUGACUCCGUUUCUGCCUCUGCUGGACUCUUGUCCGACUGCGCGGCCUCCAGUCGGUGGUCAUCGAAUUUCGACGUGGACGGUCGUCGACGGACAGUCGCUGAUCAGAGCGGCGGCGGUGGUGGCGGCGACGACGACGAAGAGUUUUUGUACGCAGCAUCGGCGGUGGCCGCAACAGACUUUUCCUGGUCGGCCGAGGUCGAACAGCAUGACCGAGAUUCGGCGGCAGCGGCGGUAGCGGUAGGGGCAACGGCCACCGGCAAUGAGGAAACUAGUGACGAUUUGUCGACGAUGAUGAUGAUGACAAUGACAAUGACUAAUGAGGAGAUGAACGGCGAUCAUGGUUCGGUGGUGGCACCACGCCUCCAAGCAGCUCACUAUCCCCUACCGCUUGUGGUCAACCAUACUCAAACGGAUGGCGACGAUUGCAGCCGUUCUUUCGUCGAUACUACACCAGCAGUUCCUCUUGACGAUAUGAAACAAAAGUACUACACCGGAAGUCCGUUGGGCGCGUUUGAUGUGCACAGUGAGUUUGACCGACCGAUGGAAGUGCUGGUUCAACGCUGCCUGUCGUUGCCCCUCGCUCGCUCCCCAUUUCCGCUGAGCCGAGCGAAAGGCUUCAUUCGUUUUUACGCAGUAUCGCUGCCAGAGGUUGUCGCAGUUUUCAUUCAUGACUCAGUCUUGACUGCGACAAUUCCUGACAGUUAG